CCAGGCUUCUCAGGUGUUCCGCACUCUGAUCCUUGGAGACCCCCAGUUCCGAGUAAUCAUACAUACAUUCAGCCUCCAGCACAACCACAGGCACCUUGGGGCGUGGGAGUUCCAGAUAACCAAAGUGCUGUGCCAAGAACGGGGCAAGAGAAUCAAAAUACUAGUUGGGUGCCAAUGGCAGGAAAUCCAAACGUGACCUGGGGAGGACCAGUGCCUGGUAAUACAAACAUGAACUGGGGACCUCCGAGUCAAGGUCCAGGAUGGACUGCACCUGGCCAAGGUCCCGUACCUGGAAAUGCAGUGACUAAUUGGGUCCCACCUGGUCAAGGACCACCAUCGGUAAGUGCAAAUCCAGGUUGGGCUCCACCUGGUCAAGGGCCAACUGUUGGGAAUGCCAAUCCUGGUUGGAAUGCACCCAAUGCAACUCAGAAUGGAGAUAGGUUCUCAAAUCAAAGGGAUCGAGGUUCUCAUGGUGAUCCUGGUUUCGGUGGUGGCAAACCUUGGAAUAGACAGUCGUCUUUUGGUGGUGGAGGAGGUGGGGGAGGAGGUUCUUCCAGGCCUCCUUUCAGAGGGCAGAGAGUGUGCAGGUUCUUCGAAAGUGGUCACUGCAAGAAGGGCGCGUCGUGCGAUUAUUUGCACCCGGACCAUUAAGGGAACACAGCAGCAGAGCAGUUACUGUACAGCAAUUUCCCAUAAAGAGUUUUGACUUUGUAUAAACUUUUUUUUUAAUCUCCUAUUUACCGUAACUUGGGCAGUUUAGUGUAUUUUUGCUUCCUUUUAUCCAGCUUUUUCAUUAAAAGCCUUAUUAUAUGGUAGAUUUUCUUCUCUUUUUGAAGUAACAAAAGUUGUAGACUCAGACUACAAUCUAGUAUUGUAUACAAAACAUAGUUAGCACA